CAACGCGGCGCCCAAAACGCAAAAACGUGACGCAAAAAGAGAACGUGCAAGCCGACAAAGGAAAACGCUGAAACCGUGAAACCCGUACCAAAUGAAAGCCAUCGACAAGGGAGUAUUAGGAUUAGUAGUACCGCUAGCUUCAGGGAAGCCAGCUCAUGAUGUAGUCGUAUAUCCAAACCCCAGGCUAUGCUUCCGCGAUAUAUCACCCCAGGAAAUAAGCAAGAGAGACACUGACCGAAGGUCCCUUUUUAUUUGUCCCGAUAACUGUGGCUGCGUGGAAAGAUGGAAGAAUGACAAGAAUGGAGGCGCUUAAGACAGUAUAGACGUGCAAGCGAGAUACGCUCGGGUAUAUUCCACGAAAAUCCAAAGAAAUCAAAUACGAUAAGACACUCGAAGGAUGGAA